GCUAACGAGAAAGGGUCCAGCCUGCGGCCGACACGCCCCACUCUGGGCAUCGCGAAGUCUGAGGAGCACAGCGAGUGUCAUUUCCGCCCUCAUCCUCGGCUCAACGUGGAGGGGGCAGGGUCAAGUGGAAGACGCGCUGCUUGUGCGUCACUUCCGGUGAGCCUAGCGGCGACAACGGCAACAUGGCCCUGAACGGCGCUGAAGUCGACGAUUUCUCUUGGGAGCCCCCGACCGAAGCGGAGACUAAGGUGCUGCAAGCGCGGCGAGAGCGGCAGGAUCGCAUCUCCCGGCUGAUGGGCGACUACCUGCUGCGUGGUUACCGCAUGCUGGGCGAAACGUGCGCGGACUGCGGGACGAUCCUCCUCCAAGACAAACAGCGGAAAAUCUACUGCGUGGCUUGUCAGGAGCUCGACUCAGACGUGGAUAAAGAUAAUCCGGCUCUGAAUGCCCAGGCUGCCCUCUCCCAGGCUCGGGAGCACCAGCUUGCCUCUGCGUCGGAGCCCCCCUUGGGCUCUCGGCCUACUCCUCAGCCCCCAGUACCCCGUCCAGAGCACUGUGAGGGAGCUGCAGCAGGGCUCAAGGCAGUCCAGGGGCCACCCCCUCCUGCUCUGCCUCCAAAUGCAGAUGUCCUGGCCUGCACACAGGAGGCCCUCCUGCAGAAGCUGACCUGGGCCUCAGCUGAGCUGGGCUCUAGCACCUCCCUGGAGACUAGCAUCCAGCUGUGCAGCCUUAUCCGGGCUUGUGCUGAAGCCCUACGCAGCCUUCAGCAGCUGCAACACUAAAAGACCCCUCCUGAGAAAAACCCUCUAGAAAAACA